AUGGAGAUUUUUGAGUUUGUGAGGGAAGCAGAUUGUUAUCCAAAUAUUGCUAUUGCAUACCGGAUUUUCUUUACUAUGCCUGUUACUGUGGCAUCAGCUGAAAGAAGUUUUUCGAAGUUGAAAUUGUUGAAGAACUACUUGAGAUCUACAAUGUCGCAAGAGAGGUUAAAUGGCUUGGCAACUUUAUGCAUCGAGAAAAAAUUGCUUGAUGAAAUUGAUAUUGAUACUAUCGUUAGUGAUUUUGCAUCUCAGAAUGUUAGUAGAAAAUUUUGA